GGGCGGAGGAGGAGGGAGCGCGGCGGCGUUGCGGGCGUAUCAGCCGGUGCUGGACUAUGGUGCGGCUCGGCGGGGGCUGACACGCCGGUACUCCGUCCCUCCGUCUUCCUUCCCUGUCCGCGGGCAGGCGGCGAGCGCUGAGCAGCAAGUGUGGGAUGUGAGACCUGCCCUCUCCGGGGGAGCAUGAGCUGUGCCCAGGCCGGCAUUGUCCAGGAAUUGAUGCGCUUACAAUUGGCGGGUCAUUAUGCUGCUCCACCUGUGUAGUGUUAAGAAUCUGUACCAAAACAGGUUCCUGGGCCUGGCGGCCAUGGCGUCUCCAUCUAGGAACUCACAGAGUCGACGCCGGUGCAAAGAGCCUCUCAGAUACAGCUAUAAUCCUGACCAGUUCCAUAACAUGGACAUCAGGAACAAUUCCCACGAGGCAGUCACCAUCCCUAGGUCUACCAGCGACACAGACCUUGUCACCUCAGACAGCCGCUCUACCCUGAUGGUCAGCAGCUCCUACUACUCCAUCGGGCAUUCGCAAGACCUAGUGAUAUACUGGGAUAUAAAGGAGGAGGUGGAUGCAGGGGACUGGAUUGGCAUGUAUCUCAUAGAUGAGGUCUUGUCUGAAAACUUUUUGGACUACAAGAACCGUGGGGUCAAUGGCUCUCACCGCGGGCAGAUUAUCUGGAAGAUUGAUGCCAGCUCUUACUUUGUGGAACCUGAAACAAAGAUCUGCUUCAAGUACUACCACGGUGUGAGCGGGGCAUUGCGAGCCACAACUCCGAGUGUCACGGUGAAAAACAGUGCAGCUCCUCAGAUUUUUAAAAGCAUCACCAAUGAAGAUUCAAUCCAGGGACAAGGAAGUCGGAGACUGAUCAGCUUUUCUUUGUCAGAUUUCCAGGCUUUUGGUCUGAAGAAAGGAAUGUUCUUCAAUCCAGAUCCUUAUCUAAAGAUUUCAAUCCAGCCUGGCAAACACAGCAUCUUCCCAGCGCUUCCUCAUCACGGACAGGAGAAGAGAUCUAAGAUCAUGUGUAACACUGUUAACCCAAUCUGGCAAGGAGAGCAGUUCAGCUUUGUCUCCCUGCCCACGGAUGUCUUGGAAAUAGAAGUUAAAGACAAAUUUGCCAAGAGCCGACCGAUCAUCAAACGCUUCCUGGGCAAGCUCUCGAUGCCGGUUCAGCGCCUCUUGGAAAGGCAUGCCAUUGGGGACAGAGUUGUAAGCUACACUCUGGGUCGCAGGCUUCCUACAGAUCAUGUCAGUGGCCAGCUGCAGUUCCGAUUUGAGAUAACUUCUUCCAUCCAUCCAGAUGAUGAAGAGGUCUCCAUUAGUGCAGAUCCUGAGCCAGCUGACCUCCAGGAAAGCCCUGUGAACAACCCUACAGAGGAAAGCCUCGGUGAGCCUCCAUGCAUCAACACAGUGACCUCAGAAAGUACAGCUCCAGAACAGCUAAAUGGAUACGGUGUGAACAGUGUGGAUAGCCCAGGGGCUGUCAAACCACCUGGGGAAGUCAACCAGAACAGCUUAAAUGAAGAGCUAGCAGGAGAUGGGGAGGUUGAUGCGGUGCCAGUUCCUGAGCCCUUGGAAUCCGUCCCGGGAGAUGCGUUGCCGCCUUUGAGUGCCACGGACCUCACGGAGCAGCUGGCUUUGCUGGCUUGCACGUCUCCUCCUGAGACUGAAGUUAGGCAAAAUAACAAAGCCAAUUCCAGUACUCAGGGAGAUGGUGAAGUCUUGACCAACAUAGAAACAUUAGAUAUUGAUGAGGUGAGUGCAGAUGUGCAGGCUGGCAAGGACCUAGAGAAGAGUCAGGAAGAAGAAGGGGCUUCAGCCCAGGAGGAGGAAGACAACAAGCUACAACUGAGGACCACAGCAAAGAGGAAAAACAGGCCAUGCUCCCUGCCCGUGUCUGAACUGGAGACAGUCAUAGCUUCUGCUUGUGGUGAGCCAGAGACCCCUCGCACACACUACAUACGGAUCCACAACCUGCUCCACAGUCUGCCCUCGGCGCAGAUGAGCAGUGAUGGGGAGGAAGAGCAAGAUGGUGGCAACGGUGGGGAGAACGACGAGGAGUCUACGGUCAAGGAGGUGCUGGAGAAGGAGGUGAUCAGUGAGAGCGAGACCGUGGCAGCAGAGCCUCCUCUCGAAAACGAGGCUGAAGAGAACUUCAGCCAGAGAACCGUGCCUCCUGGGGCCAUGGAUGAGCAACUCUCUGACUUACAGGAUGGGCUGUUGGAUGAGGAACACCCCAGGACAGGAAGCGAAAGCGAGUCCAGCUCCAGGCCCAAUGGUGACGAGUGCGAGGCGUGCGACACCUCUUGCUACAGCCCCUCCUGCUACAGCACUUCCUGCUACAGUACCUCUUGCUACAGCACUUCUUGCUACAGCACCUCCUGUUAUGACAGUAACAAUCGCUUCUCCAGCCAUACCCGCUUCUCCUCUGUCGACAGUGCAAAGAUAUCUGAGAGCACGGUCUUUUCCUCGCAGGAUGAUGAGGAGGAGGAGAACAGUGCUUUUGAGUCAGUGCCAGAUUCAGUGCAGAGCCCUGAGCUGGACAGGGAGCAAGCGGAUGGCUCCUCCCAGUGGCCAGAUGAACUAGUAGCUCAUGGUGGGAAUCCACAAAGAGCCACAGAGAGUCUAGACACCCCAGUAGCAGGUCCGAGCAGCAGAAGAGAAGGUGAUUGUCCUUUACUCCAUAAUUCUCAGCCAGUCAGCCAGCUUCCUUCUCUGAGGCCUGACCACCAUCACUACCCAACUAUCGAUGAGCCUCUUCCACCAAAUUGGGAAGCUCGGAUAGACAGCCACGGGAGGGUGUUCUACGUGGAUCACGUCAACCGAACCACCACGUGGCAGCGCCCCACAGCUGCGGCAACGCCAGAUGGGAUCCACAGGUCUGGCUCCAUCCAGCAAAUGGAGCAGCUGAACCGACGGUACCAAAAUAUCCAGCGAACCAUUGCAACAGAGCGGACUGAAGAUGAUGCUGUAGUGAACAACAGGGUGGAGAGAGUUCCUGCUGGAGGAGGGAGUGACUCUGAGGCUGAGCCUUCCCAGCCAAACUCAGAGGUUAGGAGGGAAGGUUCCCUUUCUCCUGUGAAUUCUCAAAAAAUCACCUUGUUGCUGCAGUCUCCAGCUGUGAAGUUCAUCACCAAUCCCGAGUUCUUCACUGUGCUGCAUGCAAACUACAGUGCCUACCGAGUCUUCACGAACAGCACCUGCUUGAAGCAUAUGAUACUGAAGAUCCGUAGAGAUGCUCGUAACUUUGAGCGCUAUCAGCACAACAGAGACCUGGUCAAUUUUAUCAACAUGUUUGCUGACACUCGGCUGGAGCUUCCUCGUGGCUGGGAGAUAAAAACUGACCAGCAGGGCAAGUCUUUCUUCGUGGACCACAACAGCCGUGCCACCACUUUCAUAGAUCCCAGGAUCCCACUGCAGAAUGGUCGCCUCCCCAAUCACCUGACUCACAGGCAACAUCUUCAGCGACUCCGUAGCUACAGUGCUGGAGAGGCCUCCGAAGUCUCUCGAAACAGAGGAGUGACUCUUUUGGCACGUCCUGGCAACAGUCUUGUAACAGCUAUUCGAAACCAGCAUCAUCAUGAGACAUUACCUCUGGCUUACAAUGACAAGAUUGUUGCAUAUCUACGCCAACCAAACAUUUUUGAGAUGCUGCAGGAGCGUCAGCCCAGCUUGGCCAGAAACCAUGCACUCAGGGAGAAGAUCCAUUACAUUCGGACAGAGGGCACACAUGGGCUUGAAAAGUUGUCCUGUGAUGCAGAUUUAGUCAUUCUGCUGAGCCUUUUCGAAGAGGAUAUAAUGUCCUACAUACCACUGCAGGCUGCCUUCCAUCCUGGCUACAGUUUCUCUCCUCGCUGUUCACCCUGUUCCUCACCCCAAAAUUCUCCAGGGCUGCAGCGAGCAAGUGCAAGAGCACCUUCUCCAUACAGGAGGGACUUCGAAGCCAAGCUGCGCAACUUCUAUCGAAAGCUUGAAGCCAAAGGGUAUGGGCAAGGUCCAGGUAAAAUUAAGUUAAUUAUACGACGUGAACACUUGCUGGAAGGCACCUUCAACCAGGUGAUGGCAUAUUCACGCAAGGAGCUCCAGCGCAACAAGCUCUACGUCACCUUUGUCGGCGAGGAAGGGUUGGAUUACAGUGGUCCCUCCCGAGAAUUCUUCUUCCUUCUGUCUCAGGAGCUCUUCAAUCCCUACUAUGGGCUGUUUGAGUAUUCAGCCAACGACACCUACACUGUACAGAUCAGCCCCAUGUCUGCCUUUGUUGAAAAUCACCUGGAAUGGUUCAGGUUCAGCGGUCGUAUUCUUGGCCUUGCUCUCAUUCAUCAGUACCUUCUUGAUGCUUUCUUCACAAGGCCCUUCUACAAAGCACUACUAAGGCUGCCAUGUGACUUAAGUGACUUAGAGUACCUGGAUGAAGAGUUCCAUCAGAGUUUGCAGUGGAUGAAGGAUAACAACAUCACAGACAUCCUGGAUCUAACCUUCACAGUGAACGAGGAGGUGUUUGGACAGGUGACAGAGAGAGAGUUGAAAUCUGGAGGGGCAAAUACAGCAGUGACAGAAAAGAACAAAAAGGAGUACAUUGAGAGAAUGGUUAAGUGGCGAGUGGAACGAGGAGUGGUUCAGCAAACAGAGGCUCUGGUCCGUGGCUUCUACGAAGUUGUAGACUCCAGACUUGUCUCUGUUUUUGAUGCCAGAGAACUGGAGCUGGUUAUAGCUGGUACUGCAGAAAUAGAUCUCAAUGACUGGCGUAACAACACAGAAUAUCGUGGAGGUUACCAUGAUGGACACAUAGUCAUACGGUGGUUCUGGGCAGCAGUGGAGAGGUUUAACAACGAGCAGAGGCUGCGGCUGUUGCAGUUUGUCACUGGGACAUCAAGCGUGCCCUACGAGGGCUUUGCAGCUCUCCGGGGGAGCAAUGGGCUGCGGCGCUUCUGUAUAGAGAAAUGGGGGAAGAUCACCUCCCUCCCGAGGGCACACACAUGUUUCAACCGUUUGGAUCUUCCACCUUACCCCUCCUAUUCUAUGCUGUAUGAAAAGCUGCUGACAGCUGUUGAAGAAACUAGCACCUUUGGACUUGAAUGAGGGGGUUCAGGCACUCCUGGUGUUUUUUUCUGGCUGAUGAUGUCACCUUCCCUGUCCACCAUCAUUUGAUCUUGGUUUCCCAUGUUUUUACUUUUGAAACCAAACCAACCAACCAACAAACAAUCAAGAUUAACGAAAGCUGUGCAUGAAGAACUGCCACCCUCUUCUAAGAUCUAACCUUCAUGCUUUCAUCCCGUUUCCAAUGGACUGCUAGUCUGUAUGCAAUAGAAAACCAACUGUCUCAAGGUUUCUGUAUAUCUCUACAUACCUCCAUUAAUAACAAUGAAAAUACAAAUGCAAGUUACACUACACUUGACCAAAUGUUAAUAAAUGUUUACUUCCACCUACGUUGAUUAAAAAAUAAAGUAAAAAAACCUUCA